CAGGGACAAGCUACUGUGAGAAGGCGUCCUUAAGUGUCCUUGUCUGAAAACGUCAAGAAACCAAGGUAGGACAAGGACUCAAGCCCGGUCCCUCCUUUUCCCAACACUGCAGUAUCCGUCUUCUGUCACAGAGUCUAGCAAAGACACGGCGAAAUCUGUCUCCAGUCUUUUGUCCUACCCGAAGGGUAUUUUGGUGACUUGGGGUGAGAUUUUGGAACGUUGACAAGCGCAGCUCUCUGCACCAGCUAUGCUGUCGGUCGGCGCACGUCGGAAGCACCGUCUGCCCGUGAAGGGGACGGGAGUCAACCGGCAGUUCGUUGAGCUCGAGAAGCCCGUCGCCUUGAGGCGCAACAUCGGGGUCUUCAAAGCCAUGAACAUCGUGGUCGGCUGCACCAUCGGCGGCGGUAUCUUCAUAUCCCCCAAGGGUAUCCUCAUCAACUCUGGGUCUGUCGGCAUGGCCAUGAUUGUGUGGAGUAUCUGCGGCGUGAUCACCAUGCUGGGGGCGCUGAGUUACAUCGAGCUCGGCACCACCUUACAGAGGUGCGGCGGCGACUACGCCUACAUAAAGGAAGCGUUCGGACCGAUCCUUGCCUUCCUGCGACUGUGGACACAGAUGAUCAUCAUCCGGCCUGGAGUGAUAGCCGUCCUCUCUAGAACAGCCGCUACCUACUGCGUCAAACCGUUCUUCGAGUACUGCGACCCGCCGGCAUUACCGGUCAAUCUGCUGGCUGCAGCCAUUAUAGUUCUCCUGACGUUUGUGAACUGUUUCCGGCUGAGCUGGGCCACCAAAGUGCAGGACUUCUGCGCCGUGGGCAAAGUGGCGGGACUGUUCCUGAUUAUCUUUGCAGGGAUACUUGAAAUUUGGUUCGGAAACGGCAAGCUAGAGUACUUCACGUUCGAUGGUCCAGCGCUGGAUCCAGGCAAACUCUCGCAGGCGUUCUAUAGCGGGAUGUUCGCCUAUGCAGGAUGGUUUUACCUCAACACCGUUACAGAGGAGAUCCAUAGGCCGGAGAAGACGAUGCCACGUGCCAUGAUUGUGGGAGAAGUAGUCAUAAUUGCCAUGUAUCUGCUGACCAUCUUCGCCUAUCACAUCGUCAUGUCAGCACAUGACGUCAUCGAGUCGUCUGCAGUGGCUGUGACCUUUGCGAAAAGCGCCAUGGGUUCCCUGGGCUGGACGGUUCCCAUCGCCGUGCUGAUCUCCUGUGUCGGGGUCGCGAACGGGAUCUUCCUGGCUACAUCACGAGUGAUGUACGCAGGCGCACGAGACGGCACCCUGCCCACCAUCCUGAAGACGCUUCACGUGACCAAGUGUACACCAAUGCCUGCUAUCCUUCUACUGUGUCCUAUCUCCCUGGGUAUGCUAGCGAUAAAGGAUGUAUCCCAGCUGAUCACGUUCCUGAGCUCCGUGCGGUGGUUGUUUAUCGGGAUGUCAACCCUCGCCAUCCCCUGGCUCCGGUACAAGCAGCCCCACCGACACAGGCCCAUACGGUACCCUGUGUGGAUCCCUGUCGUGUUCGCCACCUGCUGCGCUGCCAUGGUUACCAUGUCUGGCUACUCUUCGCCCGUUGCCAUGGCAACGGGCCUCGGUAUCACUGCCACGGGACUUCCGGUCUACUGGCUGGUGCGCGUCAAGAAACCCGCAUGGCUACAGAACUGUAUAGAUAAGAUGACGGUGAAACUCCAGCUCCUGCUGCAGUGUCUAGAGGAGCAGUUCGAUGAUGAGGACGCCAACAAAACCGAGAUGGCGAAGGCUAUCGACCACUCCCUCAUCCCUAAGGAAAAACGGCGAUACAAGAAGGGACAAAAGUACGCUACGACGGCGCUGUGAGGAACUCGCUGGUGAUAAGAUUGGAUUUUCCUCCUAAUGGAUAUUGAAAGUAAAUGAAAGUGAACCAUUAUUUAGAUAUUGCGGGAUGGUCGCGUCUUAGCUUGGUUAUUCACAUUUACAGCUUUGUAUAUCUUAAUCUAUUUAUGCAAAUAAUUAUAACGUUAUAAGUGUUGAUAUAAUUGUUUCGUUUUCCAUGCUUAAACUUCAUGCAAUAGGCUGUACUUCAAAUUCGUGUAAUAGGUUAUCCCAUUGUUUUAUACAUAUGGUAACGUUAUAAUAAUAUUAUAAGUGAGAUUUGCAGACGUAAACCGUGCUAGUGAACCAAAACUUUCUGUUAGAAUAGGACCACAUAGGAGCUAUAUUAUUAUUACUUAGCUGAACAAGUUGUAAAUGUUACCAACGUAAAUGUAGACGCUGAUACAGUUUUAACAUCGUGAUAUUUUCAAAAUCGCAACGUUUCACUACAGAAAUAAAGUCCUUUCUUAGUUGUGGUGAAGCUUUUGCAUUGUUCACUCAUUAUUU